AGGCGCAGUGUGAUCGAGAGUCCAAGCGGACGCAGGUCACUUUCCUGAGGUAGCCGCGUGUCUGCCCAUCCCCUGGUCACCAUGGGCACCGGAAGGAUGGCCACCGAGCCGAUGACCAUGAAGGCCCUGGGGUCAGUGGCGUUCAGGGAUGUGAUUGUGGACUUCACCCCGGAGGAGUGGCAGCAGCUGAAGCCUGCGCAGAAGGACCUGUACAGGGACGUGAUGAUGGAGACCUACUGGAACCUGGUCUCGCUGGACUUGGAGACUAGACCUGACCUGAAAGAAUCGGACCCACAGGAGGACAACUGGGGAGACGGGCCAUCCAUUGCAGUGAUUGCAGAAGGACCUAUGAGGAAUGGUGCCCAGGGUUGCACCUGGGAAGGAGCAGGGACACAGGGUGACUGGGUGGGACAGCCACAUGGGAGCCCAGGGACCUGUCUAGGACAUUUGGACAUGAAUCAAGGAUUAGCCUCUGAAUGUUGUGAAUUUACAGAAUUGGUGCACCAACGCUCCACGCCGGCCCCACCAAGAUGGGAAGUACAGAAAGGGGAGAGGACGCACCUGUUCACCACGUGUGGGAAACUCGCAGGGACUUCAAGCCUCCAUCCUGCCUCCGAACACCAUGCAGGGAAGCCUUAUGAGUGCCAGGACUGUGGCAAGGCCUUCACACGGAACAGGAGCCUCAUUGUGCAUCAGAGGACGCACACCGGGGAGAAGCCUUUCACGUGCAGGGACUGCGGCAAAGCCUUCACACGGAAGGUGUACCUCAUCACACACCAGAGGACACAUACUGGGGAGAAGCCAUACGUAUGCCAGGACUGUGGCAAGGCCUUCACCCAGAGUAGGAGUCUCAUUGUACAUCAGAGGACGCACACUGGGGAGAAUCCAUACGUAUGUGGGGAAUGUGGCAAGGCCUUCAGCCAGAAGGCACAUGUCAUACAGCACCAGAGGACGCACACCGGAGAGAAGCCAUACACUUGUGCGGAGUGCGGAAAGGCCUUCAGGCAGAAGUCAAACAUCAUUCGGCACCAGAGAACGCACACUGGGGAGAACCUUUACACAUGCAAGGACUGUGGAAAGGCCUUCAGGCUGAACAGAAAACUCAUUGAGCAUCAGAGGACGCACGCCUGGGUGAAGCCCUAUUUCUGUAGGGACUGUGGCAUGGUCUUCAGUCGGAAUGAUUCCCUCAUCACACACCAAAGGACGCACAUUGGGGAGAAGCCUUUUGUAUGUGGGAACUGCGGCAAGGCCUUCAGGCAGAAAAGGAGCCUUAUCGACCACCUGAGGACUCACACUGGGGAGAAGCCAUAUGUGUGCGGGGACUGCAGCAAGGCCUUCAGCCGGCAGGAGUGCCUCAAAGCGCACCAGAGGAUACACACUGCAGAGAAGCUGUAUGCCUGUGGGGAAUGCGGCAAGGCCUUCAGACAUAAAGGGUACCUCAAAGUGCACCAGAGGAUGCACACUGGGGUGAAGCCAUACGUGUGCAGUACCUGCAGCAAGGCCUUCAGCAGGAACACGAGCCUCAUCAUGCAUCAGAGGACGCACACUGGGGAAAAACCGUAUACUUGUGCGGACUGUGGAAAGGCUUUCAGCCGGAAUGACCACCUCAUCCUCCAUCAGAGGACGCACAUGGGCAAGGAGCCAUACAUGUACGGCCAGUGUGGCAAGGCCUUCAGGCAAAACUUCUCACUCGGCGUGCACUGGCAAAUGCACACUGGGGAGAAGCCCUACGUGUGUAGACAGUGCGGCAAGGCCUUCAGGCUAAACUUCUCGCUCAGGGAGCACCUGCACCUUCACACUGGGGAGAAGCCCUACAGCUGCAGCCAGUGCGGCAAGUUCUUUAGCCUCAAAUCCUAUCUCAGGAAGCACCAGCGCUUGCACACUGGGGAGUAGCCCUACCAGUGCUCCAUCUGCCAGAAGCACCAGAGGAGGGUGCACACGUAGCAGAGGGGCCAGAAAUCUCAGAAUCCGCACCCAACUGGCAGGUCUUGAGUCCAUGGGUCAGUACCAGACUUGACAGUGAGGCCACAGGUAGGGGGCAAGAAAAGUCCUACCCAGAUGGGUCAUCGGGGGCCCUGGGGACAUGCCACACCUUACUCACCUUUGCUUCCGCAGGCUCAGCAGGGCCGUGUGAAAAACAAGUCCCCCUCCAGGUCCUGUAUCUGGAAGCAUGGCCUGGGGCACUGUAGUUCCUGAAUGAGAUGGAGUAAGCUGACCUAUGAGCUUGGACAACGCAUUUAGUGUCUCUGGGUCUCCAUCUCCUCAACAGAAAAGUGGAGGAGUGGGAGAAGAAAGGGAAGGGGUAGGUGGUCUCCAUGGUAACAUUGUCGCUUCCAAAAGCCAUUGUCUCAUUUUCUAUGUCCACCAGCACAUGCUGAGAAUUUCUUUGCUCUGUGUGCUCGUCAGAACUGAAUAUGCUCAGCCUUUCUCAUUGCAGCCAUUCUUGCUGGCGUGCAGUCGUACCCCACUCCAGCUUGCAGCUGGUACUGAGAACCUUGCCAGUGUAUUUGCCAUCAGUAUAUUCUUUUGGUGAAGUGUCUGGUUCAAGUCUUUUGCCUUUUUUUUCAGUUGGAUUGUUUGCUUUCCCGUUACUCAAUUUUAAAAGUUCUUCACAUAUUCUUUUGUUGUCAAUUUUUGCUCUAAGACCUUUAUCAGGUGUGUGCUUUGCAACCGUUUCUCCCAUUCUGUGGGUAGUUUUUUUCUCUUCCUUGAUGGCAUCAUUUGGAAUGCAAAUGUUUUUAAUGUUGAUGGGGUCCAGUUCAUUUAUUUUGUUGUUGCUUGUGGUUUUGGAGUCAUGUCUGAGGCACCGUUGCCUAACCAAAGGCCGUGAAGAUUUACUCCUGUUUAUUCUACAAGUUUUAGAAUUUUAGCUAUUUAUUAUUAAGGGAGACCAACAUCAUUUUAAACACUCUUCAGGUGCAAAAGAUACAGUUAUUGGUUGUUUUGUCAAAAGGAGUGUCAAAGUUGAGGGGAGGAAGCAGGAACACCCCACAGGAACCCAGCAGGCCUGCCUCAGGCCACGUGCCCCUCUCAGCCCUGCAUUCCUGGCUUAGGAAUGGUCAGACCGGAAGGCAGGGCCCAGGCCCUAAGCAGGAGGGAUCGUGGAAGGUGCCCCCUGCAGAAACUGAGACUUGUGGAUCCCCGCCCUGCAGGGCUGUUUCAGUUACAGGAGAAGAAUCCUCUCUCACAUCACAGACUGUCCACUACCCACCCUCUGCUGGCUGGAAUUCUUGUGAAAAUAAAGGGCCUUCAGUCGGACUGGGCCAUUAUGCAAUCUAUGCCUCACCUACGUCCAUAGUCAUGGUGUUCUUAAGGUUUCCUUAUUGGGAUGAAAGCAAUCUAUUUCCAAUAAUAAACAUCAAACGAUGUAAGGAUGGUGCUCUAUUAAUAAUAAGGUAAUACAGUAUUUUUUAAGGAUUUUAUUUAUUUUUUAGAGAGUGUAAGGGAGAGAAACAUCAAUGUGCAGUUGCAUUUUACCCACCCCCUGCUGGGUGACCCGGCCUGCAACCCAGGCAUGUGCCCUACACUGGGAAUUGAACCAGUGACCCUUUGGUUCAUAGGCAGGCACUCAAUCCACUGAGCCUCGCCAGCCAGGGCUACAUAAAGCCUUUUUUAAAAUAUUUUAUUUUUAGAGAGAGGGGAAGGGAGGAUGAAAGAAGGAGAGAAACAUCAAUGUGUGGCUGCCUCCUGUGCAUUCCCCACUCGGGACCUGGCCCUCAACCCUGGCAUGUGCCCUGACUGGGAAUUGAACCAGUGACCCCUUGGCUUGCAGGCCGGCACUCAGUCCAUGGAGCCACACCAGUCAGGGCAUCGUUUUUUAAUAAAUGGGUAAUUAGUUACUACUUUUGUAUAGGUUGCUACUCUGUUGAGAUGCUUUUGUGAACGUUAGUAAAUGACUGCUGAGACCCCUGAUGCUGCCUGCAGUCCUGCAGCCUUUUCAUCUCCUUCAUAUCACAAAACGGUACAAGCCGGUGAUGCUUAAUAGUUGGGCUGGCUCAUCCUGCUAACUUAGUGAAAUGGGACAGACAGACCCACGUGAUCUGAAAGUGGGACACCUCUGGCGGCUCAGGUCAUGAAGUAUUGCACCUGUAUGUCAAAGUUAUGGGUUCAAUCCAUGAUUUAGGCACAAAGAAGAAACCAGUGAAUCCUUGAAUGAGUGGAACAAGGAGU